AUGUCGAAGCAAAUGGGAAUAUGUUUUCAUCCUACUGAUACGGAGCUAAUCAACUAUCUUAAGAGGUUUUUCAAAGGAGAAUUAUCUUUGAAUCAGCAAUGUCCUAUCCAGUUUGCGGAUAUAUAUGGAGAUCAACCACCAUGGGAGAUAUUUGGAGCUAAUUUUGAAGAGAAGUUUCGUUGCUUUAUUACUCCUUUGAAGAAGCUGAAGACUGAAUAUAAAAGGUUUUCUCGAAUUUGUGCUAAAGGGACGUGGAAAGGGCAAACCGGGGAACAUCUUACAAGGAGGAAUCGUACGGCGCCUGUGGUAGGGUUUAAGAGAAAUUUGAAGUUUGAAACAAACUACUCCUCAAGGGAAGAUCAAGUUAGGUUUUGUGAUGAACAAGAUGCAGUUGAGGCUACAACUUCGGAAUAUGAUGUUCAAAACAGUACUUAUGAAGCUACUACAAUGGAGAAGAGAGAGACAACGUUGGAAGUAGAAGAAAGCCACGGAGUUGAUGAUAUUAGAAGCGAUGAAUUUCAGGAAGAGAUGUAUAGAGCAUUUGAGGGCAUUCCUGACGAUUGGUUGCAGAAUUCAACCGUUCUACAAGAUAUAUAA